AGCGGGCGCGCGAGCGGGCAGCACAGUCCAUCAGCGAGCGACAUGGCCGCCGCCGUGAGGGGCGCCUCGCCCCGCGGGUACUCCCACGCGACCACCACCACCACGACCACGACCACCGUCAAGUCGGCGUUCCGGGACUUCGCCGAGUGGAACAGAUACCUGGACGCGCUGCUGGCGGACCUGCAGAACACGACCCUGGGCGGCGCUCCCGCCCCCGGCCCCGGGCCCGCCCUCGGCCACGGCCACGGCCACGGCGGCACGUACCCGGGCUCGCACGCCUCCGCCAGCCCCACGCCGCCCCCGCACUCCUCCGGCGGCUACGGCUCGCUCAGCGGCCGCGGCCACCACGUGCGCGAGACCGUCACCACCACGACGACCGAGUACCGGCCCGCCGCCGCACCGCACCCGGAGCCGCCGCUCUCGCCCACAUAUCAGAAUCAGCGACUGAUUAAUGAUUCUGUAAUGACUAGUAAGACAGCCUAUCAACAAAGCACUCCUGCAAAAAUGCCAUCAUUGAAUAACAAUCUUUCUGAACUGGACACACUGCUUCAAGAUUUGAGCAAUGCUCAUUAUUCAAGCUACACUGAAAGAAGAGAUAUGAGCACAGUAAAUGGUUCAACAACACCAACUGGACGACCUUCAAGCUCACAAGAAACUAGAGUCAGACCAUCAGUUGAUAGCCUUCUUGAUGAACUAAAUACUGUAGUCCCAAAUGGUGAUGUAAAUGACACACAUCACCAGACAAAUUCUAUGAUAGUUCGGGAAGUCAGGACAGAUAUUGACUAUCCAAAGACAUCUAGUGCUGGUGCAUCUGCUGCCACAAAAGAAUUAGACAUACUGAUGGCAUCAUUGGCAGAUUUCAAGAUCAAUGCCAGCACACAUCAACAUCAGACAGUAACUGAUUCACCAUACGCCAAACCAAACAAAGCUACAAAAAGUUCUCCAGGACCCCAAGCUUCUCCCCAGAUUCAUACCCAGCAGCUGACAUCGUCUUCUGCCACAACUGUUAGUAGCUCCAAACAGAAUCAACUUGAUUCUAUGCUUGGAAACCUUCAGGCAGACAUGAGCCGUCAGGGGGUCAACACGACUCAAAAGGGAUGUUGCAGUGCUUGUGAUAAACCUAUUGUUGGACAGGUUAUCACUGCUCUUGGUAAGACAUGGCAUCCAGAGCACUUUACCUGUACACACUGUAACCAAGAACUUGGAACACGGAACUUUUUUGAAAGAGACGGUCAUCCUUACUGUGAACCUGACUAUCACAAUCUCUUUUCACCUCGUUGUGCUUACUGUAACGGCCCAAUUCUUGAUAAAUGUGUAACUGCAUUGGAGAAAACAUGGCACACUGAACAUUUCUUUUGUGCUCAGUGUGGGAAACAGUUUGGUGAGGAGGGAUUUCAUGAACGUGAUGGAAAGCCUUACUGUCGUGAUGACUACUUUGAUAUGUUUGCACCAAAGUGCGGUGGCUGCAAUCGCCCAAUCAUGGAAAAUUAUAUCUCAGCUUUGAACAGUCAGUGGCAUUCUGACUGUUUUGUUUGCCGGGACUGUCGACAGCCAUUUCAUGGUGGAUCAUUCUUUGAUCAUGAAGGUCUACCAUACUGUGAGACUCACUAUCAUGCCAAGAGAGGUUCUCUCUGUGCUGGUUGCCACAAACCAAUAACAGGUCGCUGCAUAACAGCAAUGUUCCGCAAGUUUCAUCCAGAGCAUUUUGUGUGUGCUUUCUGCUUGAAGCAACUAAAUAAAGGCACAUUUAAGGAACAAAAUGACAAACCAUACUGCCACAGCUGUUUUGAUAAGUUGUUUGGCUGAGAAAUUUAAAAAAUAAAUAACAGGAGAGAAUAAUUUUUAUUUUUAAAAUGUGUAACUGCAGAAAGCUUAACUUUGUAUUUCUUUGUAUGUAUUAUUGUGUAAAUCUGUUUUCUUUUCCAGUUGUAUUUCUUAUGUGUAUAGAGAGAUAGACGUUUCUAAAAUGUAAUGUUGUUUUACUUGCCAAUAACUACAAAUAUGUUUUUCAGUCUCACUGCACCAUUUAGUAAGAUUUUUAGCAUUGCUUCUUCUCAUUUUAUGUUAUAUAAAUAUGUGGGACAUAAUUUUAUUGUUUACUUCUUAAAUUACAGCCAUCUAAUUUUGCAGACAGUUCAGUUACCUUUUUUCUGAAAACAUAAAGGUUUUGUAAUUCAUUUUUAUAAUUUUUAUGAAAGUUGUAAGAUUAUGGUAGACAGGAGUUAGUGAAUUGUAUUACUAGUCUAAGAAAUUUUUGGAAAGAAUAUAUUAUCUCUCAUCAUUUAUUUUAUGUUUUACCACUUUUCCUGUUUCUGCAAAAUGCUGAUAGAGGUGUGCAAGUACUCAGACAAUGCAUGACUCAUGAAUGUACAGAGAAUAGCAGCCAGUUGAUGUGAAAAUAUAUUUGUUGUUUAUCAUCUCCCUUUCUUCCUGUUACACAGGGAUACUGUAAUUGUUAUCAUGUUUCUUUUUCUCAUAUGUGAGUGAAAAUACAAUAAAGUUUAUAUACAUUAAAAAUAUAGAACUGUUUGAUUUUAAGUGUAAUAGAUAUUUCUGCAAGUAUAUUUUUGUAUAAGUCAUUAUGUAUCUGUGUGUCCAGUCUGCCAUGUUAAUUUUUUCAAACUGCCUUUUUUUAUAUGAUUUAUCCUCUUUUAUGACAUCUUUGAUUUAAAGUGCCAUCAGAUUAUAUUUUGUUACUAUCACUUGAACACAAUAAAAAUGUAAUAUCUUA